AUGACUGGUAAUUUGUUCCUGCUGAGGCAGGUGCCAGGAAGUCUGGUCAGUGUCCUGCUGAGCUCCAGGUGCCACCUCAGCCCAGACCCUGGGUUCCCAGGGGAGGGCCCGCACUCACUCCUCUUGCAGGAGGGCCACCUGCAGGCCUUGCAGGUGCAGGAGCCGCCUGCCCGGAUGGGAAAGGCCAGCAGUGAGCAGGGGGGUCCGGAGGUGUCCGGCGCCCAGCGGUGCUCCCAGGACCGAGUGGGGGCGCAGUUGCUCUCGGAUCUGUUUACCAACAGAAAGGAGAACAUUAGCCUCACGUUUUCCGAAGACUGUCUUUACCUAAAUAUAUACACCCCUGCUGACUUGACGAAGAGAAGCAGGCUGCCGGUGAUCGUGUGGAUCCACGAAGGAGGUCUGCUGAUGGGAGGAGCAUCAACCUUUGAUGGGCUGGUCCUUUCUGCCCAUGAAAACGUGGUGGUGGUGACCAUCCAGUACCGCCUGGGCAUCUGGGGCUUCUUCAGCACAGGGGACGAGCACAGCCGCGGGAACUGGGGCCACUUGGACCAGGUGGCCGCGCUGCGCUGGGUCCAGGAGAACAUUGCCAACUUUGGAGGGGAUCCAGGCUCUGUGACCAUCUUUGGAGAGUCGGCAGGAGGGGAAAGUGUCUCCGUUCUUAACUAUCCUUUCCUGCCCACUGUGGUUGACGGAGUGCUGCUGCCAAGGAUACCAGAAGAGAUGCUGGCUGAAAAGAACUUCAACACCGUUCCCUACAUCGUUGGAAUCAACAAGAAAGAGUUUGGCUGGAUUCUGCCAUUGUUCAUGAGAUAUCCACUCUCUGAAGACAAGCUGGACCAGGAGACGGCCACAUCACUCGUGUGGCAGUCCUACCCCAUCCUGAGCAUUCCUGAGGAACUGGCUCCAGUGGCCACUGACAAGUAUUUAGGAGGGACAGAUGACCCUGUCAAAAAGAAAGGCCUGUUCCUGGACUUGAUAGGAGAUGGAAUGUUUGGUGUCCCAUCUGUGAACGUGGCCCGUCGCCACAGAGAUGCUGGAGCCCCAACCUACAUGUAUGAGUUUCGUUAUCGCCCAAGCUUCUCAUCAGAGCUGAAACCAGAGACGGUGAUAGGAGACCACGGGGAUGAGCUCUUCUCUGUCUUUGGUGCUCCGUUUCUGAAAGACCAAGUCAAUGUCUUUGUCUUGCGCUGGAAUAACGCCAUCCUCCUUAGUGAGAGAAGGAUGAAGACAGUGGGGCACCAUUGGCAGGAAGGUGCUCUGGCCGUUCUGGCUCGACCUCUGGGCGUGUAG